UUUCAGGUGCUGCCAUCUAUUGAACGUGGUACGCAUGCGCAAAACUUUCUUUUUAUCCGAACAUUUGCGAAUCAGCACACUGUUUCAAGAUGGCUGAUGAAGAUUUUCAGACAGCCGAGUCUGGGGCCUCGAAGAGCUUUCCCAUGCAGUGUUCAGCUCUUCGCAAAAAUGGUUAUGUGCUGAUUAAGGGAAAACCAUGCAAGAUAGUGGAAAUGUCAACUUCUAAGACAGGAAAACAUGGACAUGCUAAGGUGCAUUUGGUUGCAUUGGAUAUUUUCACCAACAAGAAAUAUGAAGAUAUUUGCCCAUCUACUCACAACAUGGAUGUGCCAAAUGUUUCCCGCAAAGAAUACCAGGUUGCGGAUAUAAGUGGUGACGGAUUUGUUUGUCUUAUGGGUGAUGAUGGUGAGACGCGUGAAGAUCUAAAGGUUCCAGAAGGUGCUGUUGGUGAAGACCUCACAAAAAGAUUUAGUAACAAUGAAUCUUUACUGGCCACAGUUCUAAAGGCAAUGGACGAAGAGUGUAUAAUAUCAGUUAAAGUGGACAACCAAAGUAAAUAGAAACGACGACUUUCACACACAGGAAUAGAAUUUAAUAAAUUACCCCAUUGUUUUCUUUAAAAAAAAAAGUAUUUAUUGGAAGACAUAUUCGACCUGGAGUUGUUAAACAAAUGUGAAUAUUUCCAGCAUGUGACUUUGAAAAGCUAAUGAUUAAAAGUGCUACUUGUUUGACUUUAUUAGUAAUAGACAUUGUCAACUAUGGCAUUUAAAUGUUUCAGUGUGAGAAUAAGAAUUUUCAAGGUGAUAAAAGUUUCAUCAUGUUGCCUACUAUGACAUGGUAUGUGAUAUAUAAAAACAAGCAUACAAUAUUUUAUCUUUAUUUUAGUUCGAAUGAUUUAGUGACCUCUAUUCACUUGCUGCAUUAAAAGGUGUUGCUUCCUACUAAAGAUUUUGUCCACUCCCAUUGUCAUAAUCAAAGAAAUUAUUUCAAUCACAAACUGCCAUCAGUAACUUGCUCAGUUCAAAAGCAUGGUUUAACAGAUUACUAAGUAAAGAUGAGUUAAUUUUAAAUUGCAGUGUCUGUCAAAUGAACAUGAGGUUUGGAGAGUUCACUGCAUGUAAGGUUAACUUAGAUAAGUGUAUGAAUUUUUUUUUUAGCCAGAUGUGUGUACAGUAUUAACAGAAUGUGGAUAUCAAGCUUUCAGUUCUCAGACUGUUCUACAGUAAGUCUGGUUUAGCAUUUACAGUGAUAGUUUCAACAAAGACAUGGAAGUCAAAGCUUGUUCUAACUCGGUAGCAUGCAAGGAAGCCUUAUGUUAGUGUCAUUGCUUGUUUCGGACAAGCAAGUCUUAAUGAGAAACUUGCACUAAUCAAAGCAUUUUUCCUGAAAACUUGUUAAACCGUGUAAAUACCUUAUACUGUUUAAACCUUUGCUUUUUUGAACAAAGGUAGUUUAGAACACGCUUCUGUUUCUUCUUGUAUAAUUUUGUUUAAAACCUCUGAAGCUAUAAAAGAAAAUCCCUUACUAUAGCAUAAAGCAGAUGUCUACAGUCAGCACUAAUAUUAGAAUACCAUUUCUGUUCUAAAGUGGUGUGUUAAAAGUUAAAUUAAUGGAGGUGCAAACUAAUAGAAACAAUACUCCGGGUAUCUUUUCAAGAAAUUAGUACAUUAUAUAUCCAUUCCAUUUCACUACUAAUAUAUAGUUACAGAAAAUAAAACAAGGCUUUUAUUCUGCAAUAGAGUUGCUGUACUGGGUUGUAUACGUAAAGUUGUGAAAAAGUGACAAACUGUCCAUUUCAAAUAAACUUACCUUCCCAAGAGAUGAGUAAUUGAAAAAGGAAAUUGGGAUAUAAUAUUUUACAAUUGUUACCCUAACCUAGCAUACAAGACACGGUUAGCUUAGUCCUUGAAAUUGUGCUCCAUUGUUGUCAAUACAUGAAAAUACCUGUUAUGACCAAGCAGGUUAAUGAAAUUUGAGAAAUGCUAUAAACUAUUCACCCAUGUAUCCUUUUAAGUGAACUGAAAUAAUUGGUACUGAAGUUGUGACAAGGAGUCUGAAAUCAUUUUGAAAAGUUUGGUCAGAAAGUUCAUGGCUUUGUUACUUGGCUUUUCUUUGUAAGAAAAAGGGGCUGUCCUUUUGAUGGGAAGAUAAAAGUAUUUACUCACGCAGCUAUAUCCUUGUUGAAUUUUUUCUUCUUUUAGAAAAAUGUCAUUGAUGUACAGGUAUAUAUGCAAAUUUUGUUUCAUGUGCUCAUAUGUGUAUAAUCAUGAAAUGUUUAUUUAAUAGAACUGCAAUUCUGUGUCCAUAUACUACUCGAAAUCAGCCAGUCAUUGUGCAAGAUUCAUCUCGGGCCUAGGAAUUCCAAGAAGAUUUUUAUGAGGCUAAAGUAUUUAUUUUCGCAAACAUUCUGUGAACAUAGCUGAAAAAUAUCCCUCUUGAAAGUUGAUGAUUUUGCAGUAUUUGAAAAAAAAAAUAACUUAAAAAUGUAAAUUUGGAAGUACAUUUUGGAGUAUAAUUGUCACUCUGUAAUUACUGUAAGUCCCUUGUUGCUGCUGGUUAGUAUUGCCCGAUUUGGAGUAGUAUAUGUAUUAAAAAAACCACCAAAUGGAGAAACAUUGAAACAUCAGAAAAGUGCUAUUAAGUUACAAAUGAGACAGAUUGGUUAAAUGUAAGCGAGAUAAUUGUUUUAUAUACAUAAUAAAUUGAAUCGCUAAUUGAA